CGGCGCUGUCCACUCCACCGCCCCCGCCCUCUCCAGCCGCCGCCUCACUCCGCCCCCGGGCCGGACGCUCGGGCCCCCCGCCUCCUGCGAGCGGGUGUCCGUGCGCCGGCCUCGCCGCGCCCGAGGAGACCAGCCGCCGGCCGCGCCGUGCCACGCCACGCCGGUGCCCGAGCGGGAAGCCCAGGCUGCGCGCGUCCAGCCGCCGCGCGGAGAGCGCCCGGAGGAGGGAGCCGGCAGGCGGACAGCGGCUGCGGGGCGGCCGGGGAGCAUGCCCACCCAGCCCCGCUGAAUGGCGCCUUCCCUGCGACCCCUCGCCCGGCCGCGGCCGCCAGGGAUGCUGCUUGGCGCGCUCCUGCUCCUGCCGGUCCUCGGCCCCGUUCCAGGAGUAUGGUGCUUUAGCGAACUGUUUUUUAUCAAAGAGCCACAGGAUAUAACUGUCACAAGAAAGGACCCAGUCGUUUUAGAUUGCCAGGCUCAUGGAGAAGUUCCUAUUAAGGUCACUUGGUUGAAAAAUGGAGCAAAAGUGUCUGAAAAUAAGCGGAUCCAGGUUCUGUCCAAUGGCUCUUUAUACAUCAGUGAGGUGGAAGGCAAGCGAGGAGAGCAGUCUGAUGAAGGAUUUUAUCAGUGCUUGGCCAUGAACAAACAUGGAGCCAUUCUUAGUCAAAAAGCUCAUCUUACCUUAUCAACUGUUUCUGCAUUUGAAGUUCAGCCCAUUUCUACUGAGGUCCAAGAAGGUGGAGUUGCUAGAUUUGCAUGCAAGAUUUCAUCAAACCCUCCUGCAGUGAUAACAUGGGAACUAAAUCGGACAACUCUACCUGUAACUAUGGACAGGGUAACUGCACUACCAACAGGAGUAUUGCAGAUCUAUGAUGUUGACCAAAAGGAUGCUGGAAAUUACCGUUGUGUUGCUGCUACUGUAGCCCACAGACGUAAAAGUAUGGAGGCCUCGCUCACAGUGAUUCCAGGUAAGGAGUCUAAAUCCUUCCACACACCAACCAUUAUAGCAGGUCCACAGAACAUAACAACGUCUCUUCAUCAGACUGUUGUUUUAGAAUGUGCGGCCACAGGAAAUCCCAAACCAAUCAUUUCUUGGAGCCGUCUUGAUCACAAGUCCAUUGAUGUCUUCAAUACUCGGGUACUUGGAAAUGGUAAUCUCAUGAUAUCUGACAUCAGGCUGCAACACGCUGGAGUAUAUGUUUGUCGGGCCACUACCCCGGGCACACGCAACUUUACAGUUGCCAUGGCAACUUUAACUGUAUUAGCUCCUCCUUCAUUUGUCGAAUGGCCAGAAAGUUUAACGAGGCCUCGAGCUGGUACUGCUCGAUUUGUAUGUCAGGCAGAAGGAAUCCCCUCACCCAAAAUGUCAUGGUUGAAAAACGGAAGGAAGAUACAUUCAAAUGGUAGAAUUAAAAUGUACAACAGUAAAUUGGUAAUUAACCAGAUUAUUCCUGAAGAUGAUGCUAUUUAUCAGUGCAUGGCUGAGAACAGCCAAGGAUCUAUUUUAUCUAGAGCCAGACUGACUGUAGUAAUGUCAGAAGACAGACCCAGUGCUCCGUAUAACGUGCAUGCUGAAACCAUGUCAAGUUCAGCCAUCCUUUUAGCUUGGGAGAGGCCACUUUAUAAUUCAGACAAAGUCAUCGCUUAUUCUGUGCACUAUAUGAAAGCAGAAGGUUUAAACAAUGAAGAGUAUCAAGUAGUCAUCGGAAAUGACACAACUCAUUAUCUUAUUGAUGACUUGGAACCUGCCAGCAAUUAUACUUUCUACAUUGUGGCUUAUAUGCCAAUGGGAGCCAGCCAGAUGUCCGACCACGUGACACAGAACACUUUAGAGGAUGUUCCCCUGAGACCUCCUGAAAUUAGUUUGACAAGUCGAAGUCCCACCGAUAUUCUCGUCUCCUGGCUACCAAUCCCAGCCAAGUAUCGGCGGGGCCAGGUGGUCCUCUACCGCCUGUCCUUCCGCCUGAGUACUGACAACUCCAUCCAAGUUCUGGAGCUCCCGGGGAACACUCAUGAGCACCUGUUAGAGGGCCUGAAACCUGAUAGUGUCUACCUGGUGCGGAUUACUGCUGCCACCAGAGUGGGGCUGGGAGAGUCUUCAGUAUGGACCUCACACAGGACACCCAAAGCUACAAGUGUGAAAGCCCCUAAGUCUCCAGAGUUACAUUUGGAGCCUCUGAAUUGUACCACCAUUUCUGUAAAGUGGCAACAGGAUGCUGAGGACACAGCAACCAUUCAGGGCUACAAGCUGUACUACAAAGAAGAAGGGCAGCAGGAGAAUGGACCCAUUUUCUUAGCUACCAGUGACCUUCUCUAUACUCUCAGUGGUUUAGACCCGAGAAGAAAAUACCAUGUGAGAUUGCUGGCUUACAACAACAUAGAAGAUGGCUACCAGGCAGAUCAAACAGUCAGUACUCCGGGAUGCGUGUCUGUUCGUGAUCUCAUGGUUCCUCCCCCGCCACCACCCCACCAUCUGUAUGCGAAGGCGAACACCUCAUCUGCCAUCUUCCUGCACUGGAGAAGACCUGCGUUCACCACUGCACAAAUAAUUAACUACACCAUCCGCUGCAACCCUGUUGGCCUGCAGAAUGCUUCUUUGGUUUUAUACCUUCAAACGUCAGAAACUCACAUGUUGGUUCAAGGUCUAGAACCAAACACCAAAUAUGAAUUUGCUGUUCGACUGCAUGUGGAUCAACUUUCCAGCCCCUGGAGCCCCGUUGUCUACCACUCUACACUUCCAGAAGCACCAGCAGGCCCACCAGUUGGAGUGAAAGUGACAUUGAUAGAGGAUGACACUGCCCUGGUUUCUUGGAAACCUCCUGAUGGCCCAGAGACGGUUGUGACGCGCUACACUAUCUUGUAUGCAUCCAGGAAGGCCUGGAUUGCAGGAGAGUGGCAGGUCCUACACCGAGAAGGGGCAAUAACCAUGGCUUUGCUAGAAAACCUUGUGGCAGGAAAUAUAUACAUUGUCAAGAUAUCUGCAUCCAAUGAGGUAGGAGAAGGACCCUUUUCAAAUUCUGUGGAGCUGGCCGUACUUCCAAAGGAAACUCCUGAGUCAAAUCAGAGGCCCAAGCGUUUAGAUUCUGCUGAUGUCAAAGUUUAUUCAGGCUAUUACCAUCUGGACCAAAAAUCAAUGACCGGCAUUGCUGUAGGUGUUGGCAUAGCCUUGACCUGCAUCCUCAUCUGUGUUCUCAUCUUGAUAUACCGAAGUAAAGCCAGGAAAUCAACUGCCUCCAAGACAGCACAGAAUGGAACUCAACAAUUAUCUCAUACCAGUGCCUCCCUAGCCAGUGGAAAUGAAGUAGGAAAGAACCUGGAAGGAGCUCUAGAAAAUGAAGAGUCCUUAAUGCCAAUGAUCAUGCCGAACAGCUUCAUCGAUGCCAAGGGAGGAACUGACCUGAUAAUUAAUAGCUAUGGUCCUAUAAUUAAAAACAACCCUAAGAAAAAAUGGCUUUUUUUCCAAGAUUCUAAGAAGAUAAAAGCUGAGCAGCCUCAAAGAAGAUUUACUCAAGCGGUCUGCUUUUACCAGCCAGGCACUACCGUAUUAAUCAGUGAUGAGGACUCCCCCAGCUCCGCAGGUCAUACAGCCAGCUUCCCAAGACCCUUUGGUGUUGCAACUGAUACUGAGCAUUCAGCGAAUAGUGAAGGCAGCCACGAAACUGGGGAUUCUGGAAGGUUCUCCCAUGAGUCCAAUGAUGAAAUACACCUGUCCUCAGUUAUAAGUACCACACCCCUGACCCCCAGUUCCUUCACUGGCACUGAUUCGAGUGGGGAUCCCUCGAUGAGAAAGUGUGAAGAACAUGCAGUGCCGUCAGAUGCUGAGCAGAUUUCCUCUUCAGUUCCUCAGCCACCAUCUGCCAUGCUCUGUUUUGAUAAAAAGGAUUUUCCAAUCUAGAUAGCCACGUCCAGGUAUUCUCACCUUUAAGUCUUUUCGAAGGACAGUGAACAGGGAGCCAAAGCCUUUUGUGAAAAUCAUGAUAUCUUAUUGGGUAUUUCACCUUUUAUGAAUGUGUUUUGUUUCUUUAUCUUUAAGCUCACGUAUUUUGAAUGUUUCAGUGUCAGCAAUGUGAAAAGACAGUCAAGAUAUUUGACUGGAUUAUGAAAUAUAUCACUGGAGCAAAGGGAAGACUUUUGAAAGCCCCUUUGCUGACUAUCUACCUCAGUUUGCCACACGGCAAACUCAGAAGACAGCUUUGUUACCUCGUUUGUUGUGAUAGUUUCUCAGCUACAUAACCGAUGAUACUUCCUAGUAGCAUUUUGUUUUCAUUGCUGUUAUGUGUAAUGUGUGUGAUCAAAGGAGUCAUAUAGGUAGAUGAGUAAGAAUGUUUAUCUGAAGCUCUGAUUUAAGAAACAGCAGCAACAAACUAUGACCUCUGUAUGGUUUGGAUAAUUUAACACCUCCAGCUGUGAGGACUGAAACCGCAGAGAAGAGAAAAGUGGGACUGUUGACUUUACUGAAUGACCAAAACAAAAAAGUAUAUCUCUUUUGAGAAUAGAACUGUUCAGUAGCAUACAGGGACUCCUAUUGCAUGUAGGGCCUUUAUGCUGUGGGCAUUAGAGUCUUGAGUGCUUUAUCUGCUGUAUCCCAAACCUCAGCCUGCCUAGAAGCCGUGCCUUUUCUACCUGCUCCUUUGCCUGACAGUUGGCCAAAGGCUGCACUGUCUAGUUUGCAAAGCAUCCUCAACCUUUCCAGAAUUAGUUGCAAAACUCCUUGCAGAAAAUAGACUUUCAAAGAGAACAGGUUAGGGUUGGUGUUUUUUAUUUUUAACUCCAGCUUGGCUUAAAGGGGUAAAGAAGUUUCAUUAAAUAUUAAUAAUGAAGAUAAAUGCAGCAGUAGACAGUAAAAUGAACUUGAGGUUAUCACGGUAACAGUGCCUUCCAUUAUAUAUUAUGAAGUUCUUUGCCUUAUACCUUUUUAAUAGUCAUGAAGUUGUUGAGGAUAAGAGUACAAAAAGUUGCCUUAAGAGUUUCUUGGAUUUUAUCAGUAACUCUUUUGAUGUACAGUAUUUUAUCAAAGCAUUUUGGUUUGUUUUUGUGCAGGUUUUGUUUAGGGAUAAGUAUUCAGAGCUCUACCAACUUGGUUGUAUUUUCUUGAGUUCUUCAGAGAAUUUGGUACUGUUUAAUCUUCCUUCAGUGUCAAUGCUGCAAAUGAGGAAUGCUGACUCCAGGAGUGAGUUAAUCCUCUUGCUGGUUUGAAAUCAGUAAACUGUUUACUUAGCCACAUAGAAUAGGCCUUCUUUCAGUAAUGAGACAGUUACCUGUUAGGUGCCCAGCAGUGAGAGACAAUAAAGAAUUAAACACAUGGUGUAGAGAAGGGACCCCCUUUUCCUUUGAAAGUAUUUCUUGAAAUUAUCUGGAAAUGACUUUUGAGCCGCUUUUUAAAAGGAAUCUUGAUGGGUUAUCCCCCUUGAAACCUUUUGUUUAUGGAAGUGGGGGGUCGUGUUAAAUGGUGUUCUAAAGUCAAAAAAAUGUUACUGGACGACAGUCCCACCUCUAUCAUCUUCUAUCCCAGUGUCUGAUGACACAGCAUUUUUUGGUGGUUUUUUAAUCUGUAGUUUUGUGCCAAAUUGGAUGUGUUCAGAAGUAGACCAACAUUAACUGCUAGCACGCGCUUCUGAACUAAACUCACAGUCCCCCAUUUAGUUAUCUUAAGUAUGGGCUUGAUGGCAAAACAAAAAAGCAGAGCUUUAGGUGAACAAUCUGAGGCCAGGAAACAUGCUGCUCCUGCCUUUAUAGCUCCUGUUUAUACUACCUCCUUUUAAACUUAUUCUAGUGUUAUUUUUUUUUUCCUGUACUCAGGGAACGUUUUGUUACUUUUGAGCUGCCUCAUGGAAGCAUGGGCAGAUUGACAGGGUAUGGCGUUUGGGGGUUCAUAAGUAGAAUUAUGCGAGGCCAACUUUUAUCAAUAUCUAAAACUAAGGACUACAGUGAGUUCAUUUUACGUUUUUAAACUUUCGUUAAAAGGCAGACAGAAUCUAAAGUUGAAACAUCAUCCAUCGUGUCUCGGACUCUAUUAAUUUGAAUCAUUUUAAAAGCCUAAAAUGAUGAUCUGAAGUCCUUAAGGAAAGUAUUUAGUUUGUUUUGUUUUUGAUGAAUAGGCCCAUAGUUAUUGUAGAUCUUUAGGCUAUAACUGUUCGCUAAUUAUUUACCAGUACAUUUUUCACUCUUUCACCUUUUCAUUUUGUUCUUAUAUAAGAUUUUUUUCAUAAUAAUCCUAUUACCAAAGAAUUUUCAGUAGAAAGUGAAAAUUUGACUAUGAUUUCCCCCCAAAUUGAAUUAACUAGAAACAUCUAUAGGUAUGACGCGUAUACAAGUAGUUACUAACCCAGAAUAAUAGGGUUUAUCUUGAUUGUUGUAGUUAAUUAGACUAGUAAUUUUAACUACCUUAUUGUUACCAGAGCAUUUAAAAUAAGUUCUUUACCAGCAGAUAGUUCCAAAGAAUUUCAAGUGUAAUUUUUUUUUCUUCAGCAAGUAAAUCUUCAGCUAUACAGUAUUAAAGUAUUUUGAAAUUGUUGAAACUACUUGUUGUAGAGAAAAAAAUGUCUUUUCACCAAAGAUAAAUAUUUUGGUCUCAUUGAAUAAGAUAUUUAGUGAACACCAAAGACUUCUUUUUACUUGGCCAAAGCUAGCUUCUUUGAAGUCUUAAGUAUGAAAUUGUAACUAAAAUGUGAAGGUUCUCUUUCAUCUCUCAUAGUGGUGUUACUUCAUGGUAUUUUCACUCUGAAGGGGCUAAUAUGCAAAUAGUAACUAUUUUCUUUUCCAAAGACUUAUUUGCUGUAAGUACUAAUACAUGCAUGUCAUUUUUAUGCCAAAUAUUACAAGAUACUGCUCAUCAGUAUUUUCAUACCAAAGAUCAUGCAAAUAUAUAGAUUAGCCUGUAAGUAAGUAAAGAUGAGCAGAUUUGAAAUAAAUUUAUUUAGAGGCUGAUAGGGAAUCUAGCUUUAGUAGCAAAAGAUAUCAAAGGGCUAAGUUUACAUAAUUAAAAGCAAUACAAUUAUAUUGGUAUUUAUCAGUGUUUUAAUUCACGUACUUUUUAUCAACAAAUUUUUAGAAAACCAAAGAUAUUUAAGGUUAUGUCCACAUAUAGGCAGAUUUAGUUGUACAUUAAACUGUUGUUUCUUGUUUUUAUGUCAACCAAACUUGUCUCUCCAGAACCCUGUCUGUAUACAAAUAGCAUACAUAGGGACUUCCCAUUAAAUCUGCUGAUUCAGCCACAGGAUGUUUUUGCCACAUGAUGUGAUACUUUCCUAAGCACCUUGAGUGUGAGAUGUCAACAGAAAUAUCAGCAGGCUUUUCCACUGCAGAGCAUUAUGGCAACCCCUGAAUCAGUCUGUGCUGUCUUCCUCCUGCUUAAAACAUUACGUGGUUGACUCUGAAGGCUCGAGGCAGUCCCUUAAUAAUAGGGAUGUUCUCAUCUCUGGGGAGCAAUGGGAUAUAACAAGGAAACGAAUCAUAUCACUGUUUUAAGUGGCUGUUCUUUGAUAGAUGUGCUCUUUAAAGUUGUCCAUAAAUUGAAAUAUUUUAAUUGCAUCAAGGGAACAAAAAUCUGUUUCAUGAAAUCUGGAGUUUUAUAUUUUGAUUAGCCUAAAAGUAAGGACACAGCUUUAUCCACUAAGUGGCUUUAAAAAAUCAGUUUUGGCACCCCAGGGAAAUUAGAUCCUCAGUGAAAUGCUUUUUGUUUGCUUUUGCUUCAAACAAGAGCAGUGCCAACGCUGGGAACAAUGACAGUGAUUUGCAUUGGUGUGUCUUGGCUUCAUUAAGGACAUAUGCCAGAAACUUGCUCAUGUUGACAACUCAGGGUCAUUGAUCAAGUCGAUGAAGACACCUUUGGAAACAGUUGAGUGUCACAAAAAAAGAUGAUUUGAGAGGUUGUUUUUUUUUUAACACGCUAGAAUAUCCAGAUGCGGUUCCACCUCAGCAGUGGCUGUAGUGAUUCACACAUACGUUUCUAUUUCACUGAAUAUACAUGUUUAAUACUGAAUGUAAAAAAAGAAAAAAAGCGCCAGUACAUUGAAGGAGGCAUGAUUUAAGACUAAACAUGUAUUUUGUAGACUUUGUUCCUGACGAUUUGGCACAUGGGCCUCUGGUAAAAUUGCUUUGGUUUAAUAGUCAUAAUUUCUGUGGGCUGUGAGCACAGAGUACAGGGUUCUGGAGAUCACCAUACACAACCAGUUGUCUAAAUGUGAAUUUUAUUGACGUUUAGAAGAACACAUACCUAGAAUUCUGUGUGAAGUUGAUUUAUGCUCAGGACAUAAGAUCACAGGCUAAUGCAAUGUGUAUGUUUGCAGGCUUUAAUCUUCUCAGGCGGUUUCCCUUGGUAAGCCUUUGAAGGUGUUUAAGAUUAACAUGACAGCCUUGCAUUUUUACCAGGCAGAUACUGUAUUAUUUUCUUAUUGCUGCUGAAAUGAGUUACCACGAAGCUGGCCUUGAAGCAACACAAAUUUAUUCUUACAAUUCUGUAGGUCAGAAGUCUGACACAGGUCUCAAUGGGAUAAAAUCAAGGUUUGUUUCCUUGUCUUUUCUGGAUUUUAGAAACUGUAGACCCCACCCUCUAUUCUCUCUGACCCCACUUCCAUUAUCAUAUCUCUUUUUCUGACCCCAACAGGGAAACAUUCUCCAGUGUUAAGGACUCACGUGAUUAGCUGGGGCCCAUCUGCACGAUCCAGGGUACUCUCCCCAUCUGAAAAUUCUUAACUGAAUCACCUCUGCAAAAUCCCUUUUGCCCUGUAUGGUAACAUAUUCAGAGUCCAUGGAUUUGGGCGUGGACUUCUGUAGGUGGCCAUUCUUUUACCUACAACAGAUAUAUUAUUUCUGUAGAAUUCUGAUCUCCAUAAAAUGUCUAUAGCAUUAUAGAGAUUGGAAGUGUGAAGCCAUCUGCCCCUUGGUGAUCUUCAAAAUGUCAAAGCUAUGAAAACCUCGGCUUAUUGCCUAUUGAAUGUUUACAUUAAACUUUCUCUCUAAAUCACUUGCAAAAACAGUUCGGCUUUAAACUUUUUGAAUAUGCGCUUUGUAAAUUAACAUCUCAGUUCUAUGUGUUUAACAGAAAGUGUCCUAAUAUUUGGCUCUAACUUUAUGGAAUUUCAUCAGAUAUUUUUGAAAACCGUUCAUAUUAUAGUUGAGCUUUCUCCUUUUCUCUUAAGUGAUUACGUCGGUGGGGUAGGGUUGGGGGAAAGACCUCAAACGUAGGAACUCAGAGUAGAUGAGCAGGACCAUGCUCAAGUUCAUUCUUCAUUUUCUUCUAAAAGCAUUUUGCAACAUUCACCCUUUCUGACUUUUAAAUCGGGUCUGUUUCUUCAGCUUCACCAGCCACUGUUUGGUUUUCAGUUUGAUAGCCUCUUGGUUCUCCAUCAGCCUUAGCAAAAACCUCCACUUGUACUUAGCAGCAUGUACAACUCCUAGGAAAUUUUGUCUUUGUUUUCUUUGAUUUCCAUUGUCCCUUUUCCUAGAAAGCUUUAGAUUCCACAGCUCUAGUUUGUUCUGAUUCCUGGAUCAUGUCAAGUCAAGGCUUCUUUCAGAUUUGAAGGAUAAUUUAUAAUUAUACCCUAAGUUUCAGCAUUUCUUCAAUGAAUGAAACAAAGCUAUCUCCAUCAUGGGGUAGAGACCAUGAUGCUACUCUGAGUAAGGUUAAGAGUGCUGGUCAUUGUUCAGCCACUUCUGACUCUACUCCUUAGGAAGGGAGAAGGCCAUUUACUGAGCGUAUAUGACGUGCCAAGCACGUCGUCAUCCCUGCACACUGCUACAGUCUGCAAGGCAAGUAUUAUUCCCAUUUUAGAGAUCAGGAAACAGGUUUAAAACGUCUGACUUGCCAAAGAUCACAGCUAGUAAGUGGCUUAGCCAAGAUACAAACCCAAGUUGGUCCAACUUCAGUGUUUAUAGGAUUUCUACUAUGAUAACAUCAUCUCAGCUCAGACAUGAUGUUUAAUUACCUAGGCUCAUAGUGCCUUCCACUGUGUCAACACAACCUGUCCACACAGUCAUAGCCAAUCAACAGAGAGAAGUCUGUCUUAGUUACGUUCAUUUAUUCAAGGAGGAAUUUAGGAGGCUGGGCUAUAACUCACUCUUUGUCAUCUCGUGAACUCCCUUCUUUCCUCCUUUAAAACCUUCUAUUUCUCUUAGCCGAAACUGUGUCUGAAAGCUGACGCUUGUGCCUGGAGUUGCAGUAAACAAGGUAGGUAUGGUUUCUGGAGUCCUUAUCUGUUCAAGCAUUGCCUUAUUAGACUAGGUGUUCAGAAUUGAAUUUUAUCUUUUGUAAUUUUUCUGUAGUCCCCAUAUCUAAAUAGAAACUUAUUAACUAGAAAAAGCCAGGUGUGUAAGCAGUCAUCCUUUCUUGCUAGAUCUGAAGAGCAUAUUUGUUAUUUGAAUUCAACCUAAUUAAUUUAGGAGAGAGCAAAGUUGAGGAGAAUCAUAUAGUAGAACAAGUAUAAGGUUAGUCUUCGGCACACCUAAAUUCUAGUUUUUGACCAUUUUGAGAAUUGUUUGGUAGGAAAGUUCUUAACCUAUUUUUGUUCCUUUUCUUAACAUGAAGUAAGGAUACUUUGUUGUGCAGAAUGAAGCAGUAGUACUUUGAAAACUUAAAAGUGUAGAUAAUUAUAAUCCAAAAGUCAUUUCUAUAAGGCUGUGAAACAUAUCUUAACAGAUUUUUUUGUUUUACAGGGCAGCCUUUCCAAUUACAUUUUGCCUGUGCUAAAAUGAAAAAUGUUUGCAUUUCCUGUAUACGCACCAAAAAAAUUAACAGAAGAAAGUGGUGGAUAAAAGAUGUAGACUGGGAUUUAAACACUCAUCUUUAAU